CCCAAGUCAUGAUCGGAGGAAUGGAAACGUUGGUGCAGGCUGUGCACGAUGCGCGCCAGCCGAAGGACUUUUAGCCGGGCUUAAUCAAUAUUUCCACCGUCCAAAUUUAGUGGGUCAGCUACUCCCAUCGCACAGCGGCCAGGGGGAAUCAUCCCGCGGUUGGAUUUGCAUUGCAAAUCUCAGUCUCAUCUCGUUUUCUGUGUGGGGGAGUAGGUGGGGUGCCUCUGCCAUGGGCCAAGUCCGUUCGCGGCUCAAAAAGAUGGGAGCCGGGGUGUCGGCGGUGGAGAGCUUCACGGACCUGCAGAGGCGCGCGUCCGAGUCCGACGACGAGAGCGAGGACUUCACGGUGAAGCACCUGUUCCAGGCCGCCGAGAGGGGCGACCUGCGCACCAUGAAGAGGAUCGUGGAGGAGAACAGAAUCCCCAUCGAUAUAACAGACAACAGUGCGUGUACCCCGCUGUUCAUGGCUGCUAAGGAUGGCCACCAUGAAUGUGUCUCUCUGCUGCUGAGGCAGGGGGCUCUGGCAGAUGGCCUCCGAGAUGUGAGUUCCUCAUGGACCCCCCUGUGGAUUGCAUCUUGUGGUGGACAUACAGAAUGUGUCAGACUUCUAAUAGAUGCAGGUGCCAACCUAGAGUGCAAGUACCCAGAGACACCGCUGUAUGUGGCAACCAGGGAGGGCCACGCCCCUGUUGUGAAGCUUCUCCUACAGGCUGGAGCACUAACAGAAUUUUCUGGAAUUCCCCACCAUUCUCUGAUCGAAGCGGCCAUGCAUGGCCAUAGGGACUAUCUGGAGUGCAUCCAUCUGAUUGCCUUGUCGGGAUGUGACUUAGAUGAACCUGUUAACCAGUACCAGCAGACUGCACUGCACCUCUGCAGUAUCAACAAGAACGGAGCCUGCAUGAACACGCUGUUGGCACACGGGGCCUCUGUCAACGUAACAUCAAACUACUUUCUGGUUGGUGUGACACCGUUACACUUGGCCACCAAGUCAGGAUGUGAACACUUGAUCAAGUUGUUGGUCACCCACGGGGCAGACGUGUACCUUACAGAUGAGAAUGGGCGGAGAGCUUCUGACUGGGCUAACUCUGCCGGCAAAAAUACCGGCUGCUAUCGGUACCUGAAAUAUGCAGAAAGUAACCCCCGACCCCUGGUGUACCUGGCCAGGUGGGCAGUGCGGAAGACGCUGGGCAGGAAAAGACUGCAGCACAUCAACAACCUGGCUGUCCCACCUAACCUGGUCAGCUUCCUCUGGUACAAAACCAACUAGUGAGGGAGGCAGCCAUCUUUGAUAGGACAUUUUCUGGCCUCAAAGGCUGCUGGAAGAUAAUAUUGAUAUCAUGGUCUAAUCAAGUUUGGGAAUACAACAUGAGCUUAUUGAGUGUGUCAAGUACUUUUGUGUAUGCAACAGGGAAGAGAGAUUGGCUCUUUCAGUGGCUAUUAUCCAAGACUUCAUUCUUCUUUUGUAUAGCUUUGAGAACAACAGAAAUAGAUAGAUGCUGGUAGUUUGAACCAAUUUGUCUGAAAUUUUCAAUACAAGAAAUUGUAUCGUGAUAAACAUAUGCUUGAAUAAUAGAACAACGGCCACAACCUGUUAGUUAUCUGUGCAAAACAAUCCUCAGCUGGCAUCUUCCAGAAUAACGAUCACAUCAAAUGUAGGUGCUGUUCCGAAUAUAACAUUAUGUGUAGAUUUUCUAAAUUGAUGUCUCCAGUUGCAUUUUGAUGAUUCAGAAUGAUGUAAUGGUUACUG